GUCUCACAAUCGUCGCGCUAGCGAGCGGACGGAGCUGUUCGAAAAUUACAAAACAAAUUAAUUUCAUUGGAUACUAAGCUUCAAAUUCUAGUGUAAACAUUAUGUGUUUUCUUAAAACCAAAAUUUCUAGUGUAAUUUAAAUUUUUUGUAUGAAGGGAAUAUCGUGUGCUCUGUGCGUGUGUUUAAUUGUUUGUUAUUCUGUAAUGUGUGCAUUAAGUGAGAUAAAAUAAUGAACAACAACAACUCAGUAUCAAAUGUCGCGUUGAAGUUUUUAAAUGAAAAUAAAUGCUAAAGCUGCUUGAAACUCUCGCAUCGUUUACAUAAAAGGAAGAAAAAAUUCGCUGCCGCAGCAAAGGAAUUUUUGCUGCUGCUGUUGCAGAAAAUAAAAAAAAAAAACAAAAAAAAAUACAUAGUGCCAUAUACGUCACACAGAAUACCGCGAGUGUGAGUGAGACGGCCUGCCUGCCUGCCUGCACCCCCGGAAAUGUAACGCACGCACACAAACGCAAAAGAAAAACUUGCACCUGAAAGUUUUCGUGUCGUCGUGUCGUCGUGUCGUGUUUUCGUCGCCAGCCUUCGUGCUCGCUCGUGCGUCGUUGCAACAACUGCCGACGAGGCCAAAGCGAAAUUCUAAGUACAAAAGGCUAAGGCAACGCAACGCCCGUCGACGCAGCUCAUCAAGUGCAGCCGUACAAAGCCAUUAAUAGUCGGUGCGGGCACCAUGGACUCGCUUAAAUUACCAAAAGGCAGCAGCGCCAAUAGCAGCGCCAGCGGCAGCAACAGCAAUCUAUCCGGCUCGGCGUCCACAUCGGUCGUCGGUAGCCUGGCAACAACACCCACAUCGGCGGUGCCGGCAACAGUGCCAACCACAAUUAAGACACCGCCCGGCCUGAGCAGCAGCACGCCCAUCGCGGUGCGUUUCAAUGCCAACCAGGAGUCGCUGGACGACAUACUCCAUUCGUUUCAUCAAAGCACGCAGCAGCAGCAACAGCAGCAGCAGCACAUCCACAGUCCCAGCGGCGGAAUCAGUGGCGGGGGCGAUGCCUCGCCCACCUUGAUGGGCAUUAAGAACAAUGGCGCUCUGGGCAUGAUGGUCAAUCCCUGUGACUCGCAUUCGCUCUCCAGCAGCCCCUCACAGCAGCAGCAGCAGCAGCAGCAGCAACAGCAGCAGCAACAUCUGCAUCAACAUCAACAGCAGCAGCAGCAAGCCGCAGCGCUUUUUGGCAACGAGGAGGUCAAUCUGCGCAACAACUAUCUGCAAGGUGCAGGCGGAGCCGGUGCUGGCAGCGGAGGCUUCUUCAAUCGCAAGAGGUCGGGCAGCAUCGAAGGGGUUUCGCCGACCUCUAGUGGUCCCACUUUAAUCUCAGCGCUGUCAAGCAGCGUGACAGCUGCUGGUGGCAUUGACAGCAACAGUAGCGCUUCGGUGGGCACCUGGAAGCUGAUCAAGGGCAAGGUGUCGCAGACCAUUGAAGAGAUCAAAUCGUCCAAGCAUCACGCUUCAGUUAUACCCGUCAUUGUCGCCGAGUCAACGACUGGCACCACAGUGGGCUGGACCAACGACGGCGACUCGGACACGGAGUGCGUCACGAUCAAUACGACUGUAAGCGAGGAGCAGCAUUUGACCGUUGAGAAGCAGCACAACUCCGACUCGGAUCCGGAGAUUGAGUUGGUCGACAGCAGCAGCCUGGGCAGCGGCGACAUUGGCGCCGCAGCUGCACUUUCCACAGAAGGCUCGCGCCUGCGCCGUGGAAUUGCGCACAUCAAGUCCAGAGUGAAGGCCAAGCAGCAGGCAGCCGCCAUGAGCAAAAAGGAUAGGGAGAGCAGCGCUCUGAAUGCGCCGUCAAGCAUACGUGGCGGCUUUUUGCGCCGACGCAACAACAACGCGGAGGCGAACAGCGAAGGAGCCACAGGCAGUGGCCAGCAGGCCGAGCAGCCCAAGCCGAUACAUCAAAGCGCAUCCGCUCCAGAAAUUCCCAUAGUCAGUGGCAAGGCCAAGCGCGGCAUAGUGCUGGCCCACAAGGAUGUGGAAAUUGAGUCUGGCGUGGAGAUGCACGAGGACAUGGCACCGUCGACCGGCAGUCAGGUGUUUGCGGAUGCACAGACGAACAAUGUCCAGUUCUCAGACGUUGACACCGUCAGGGAACGAAGUUUCGUUCUUGAUCUGCCGCUGAACAACGCGAGCAACCUCCUGGAGGAGUCGUUGCAAAGGAGCUCCGUGCCCCUUAGGAACAACCUUAACGCGUCGGGCUUCUCGCUCUGGAGCACACUGAGCGCCGCCAGCUCCAUCAAUUGGCGUGCCAGUGCCGUCAGUCAGCCGAUGCUGGCUGUGGGCAGCAUAGUUGCGCUGACGGUACUGCCGCUGCCCGAAUUCUGGCGCGGUGUUCUGGCCACCGUCAUGUUCAUCGCGGGAGUGAACUAUUGCAGCCACUACAUAAGCUGGUUGUUCGAGAGCCUUGUGCUGGGCACACAUCCGGAGCGUCGGCCCUUUCAGAUACCCAACUACGAUGGCAUGCCCAUCUGCGAGAUACCCGCCGUGGAGGAGCACAAGACGAUUAAGAGUUAUGCGGGCUGGAUGAACGAGCUGGACAGUUAUGAUCCCGCUACGUUCUCUUUUGCUAUGACCCGGGCCAUCUAUAUACGCCUCGACGGCACCAAUCUAACGAUAUCCGGCACAAAUGCACGCAUACCCAAGCGGCGCAUGUGGAACGAGAAGCCCAUCGAUCGGACCAAGAUUCUGUUUCUCGAUCAUCGCUCCUACGAUUUGCGAGACGCUCGCGUCGAGCUGCUGCCCAUGGGCCUAGCCAGAAAGCGCUUCUUCAACCGCAAAUAUCCCAUCCAGCUGAUUGUGAAGAACGCCUGCACUGGCUUUUUUACACCCAUGGAGGAUGCUGAUCCAACGGAGGGCACGUCUCGUGCGACUAGCGUCACGCCCACCCAGGCCAAUGAGACGCUGAAAUCCGUUGAGUUUGCCACCACAGUUAUGCUCGCCGAUUUGCGCCAGCUGCAUCAGUCCAUAACGCCCGAUAAGGAAGUGCGGGACAUAACCAUACCAUGCGGCGACGAGGUGCGUCUGCUGAUGUUUGCGCGCUGCGAUCGCGAGAAGGAGGAUUGGUAUCGCCGCUUCAUGGCGGCCAGCAGGGGCUGCGUCCACGAGUCGGAUCUGCAGGUGCCCAUGGCGCAUUAUGUGGAGGACACAGAUCUGCAGGCGAUUGCCGCCCAGCAGGCCAUCAAUCUAACAAGAGGUUUUCCCAAGGCGCGCUUCAAGGAAGGCGAGGAUGGCUCCAUGACUUCGCUGAUUAAUGAUGACAAUACCGGGGCCAAUACGCCCGAUACGCUGGACGAAGUGAUCGACGAGGAUCCGACGACCGAUCCACAAAAAGAUGGCUAUGAGGGCCUUAUCAUGAACUCAGACGUCGCACGAAAUCCGCCGGAAUAUGUCAAAUUCAUGACGGUCUACCAGAACGCUUGCAAUCAAAGCCAGAUUCCCGUUUGCCGCAAUCUCAAUUAUAAUGCACAGAAUUCUGGGGCAAAUCGCCGAAGAAGUCGCCGUGCCAGACGACAGGAAAACGAGCUGUGGAAGGGCAUUAAUCAGUCUCUAUUUCUGGGCCCAUCCGGCAGUGUCGUCUGGGCCAAUGUGUUGUUUGGUCGCUGCCUGUUCAGCUGUCUGCAUAAUCCUGGACUGCAAAUAAAGAUUCAGGAAUUCAUGCAAAAGAAACUCAACUCCAUAAAGCUGCCCAGCUUUAUGGAGGAGGUCAUCAUCACAAACAUCUAUUUGGGCAAAUCGCCCAUGCUGGUCCAUCGCAUAUCGCAGCCCAUGCUUGACGAGCGCGGCAUUUGGCUGGACGCUGAUGUCACCUACGAGGGCCUGGCCCACAUUACGGUUACCACCAAGCUGAAUCUGUUGCGCGUGCGCAGCAAACCAAAGACAUCUCCCGCCAACGCGGAUGCAGCUGGACCGUCACAAGAUCCAAAUGUGGAGGGGCGCAGUGCACCCGAUGGGCUCCAGCCGGAUGGCAGUAAUUCCAUCUUUGACAGCGAUGCGGAGAGUACGGGUGGCUCCUCGUCGGAUUCGGAAGCCUCGCAGCCAGGCGCACCUGUCGAGAACGCAAACAAUGCCGAGUUCUUCCAGAAUUCGCCGGGCAAUGCUCGGCGCAUUUUCAAGAUUGUGGAUCGCAUUGCCACCUCCAAUUUGUUUCAGUAUGCCACAGAGCUGCCGUACGUGCAGCGCGCCAUGGAGAACAUGAACGCGAACAUAACGUUGCGUGUGGAACUGAAGGGCUUGGUGGCACGCGGCACACUGAAUAUACCGCCGCCGCCGUCGGAUCGCGUCUGGCUAUGCUUCCGGGGGCCGCCGCGUCUGUGGAUAUCGACAAAGCCGCAAGUUGGCGAUAAGUCGGUGGAUUGGUCCAUUGUUACGAACGUGAUUGAGAGCAAGUUGUGCGAGGCGGUCAAUAAGUUUUUGGUCUAUCCGAAUAUGGUCGAUUUCUCGAUACCAUUCCUGGCCAAGCCCAACUACGGCGAUGAGCCGCCUAUGUCGUAACUUUUGGCUAAUUAUAAUAAUUUAAGUUGAAAUUUUUGUAAACCUAUUUACAACUGAGCUUUUCUAAAAAGUGAUUUACCUUCGUUUUCCGAUCUCGCUCCAAGUGUUAUUUAGAAGUACUUAGCAAUAACCGAACAAAAAAUUCCACGUAACAGAUUUGAAGCGCUUUUUUUUCCAUACUCUCCGCAACAAGAAACUUCAAACUCACAGACAGCCCAUAGGCUUUGUUUUUAUCUAUAAAAAUGAUUUUUCUAUUUUGUAUAUUCACAUACAGCUGAGGAUCUGUUGUGAUAUAUCAUUCUGCAGGCGAUGCAAGCUGUCGCUCCUUCAAGUCUUUACGCAAAGUAUUCCAAAAACAUAAUGCAGGCACAUAGCUCCUAAUCUAUGUAUGUAAAUACAUACUCUAACUAUAUUCAUAUAUAUAUCUCUCUUUUUACUGCAGCAACAAUAUAUAUUUAUAUAUGCCUAGUUAUUUAAGUCUAUUCCAAGCUACUCUCUAAGCAUGCGUGUGAAUUUUAAAUGCUUAUCCAAAGCAAAAAAACAUAUGUAUUUAUAUUUGGUAUGGUGUUUAACUCAAUUUUAUAUUCACUUAAGUAAACUACGUAUGGAACAUAAACAUUCGCCAAAGGAUAAUUAUUCCGAACAUGAACAAACUCUUAUAUCAUUUACAAGGCUGGCCGAAGAACACGAAGAGGGUCGUCAAAUAUGACCCAUUCUUUCCAAAUGAAAACAAAUAAUAGUUAAGCUAAACUACGAGUAUAUAUUUUAUGUAACAGAAUAAACAAA